CAACAUAACCAUGUGUAUUCUAUGACAUAAAAGUUCAUUCACAUUUAUUUAUAGAGUCAUGAAAUUAUGCCUGGAUCUUUACUGCAAGAACCCGCAUGUACUAGAUCCCCUUCGACAGUUCAUAAUACUUCCAAGCAAUAAAACAAUAAGAAUUUAUAAGAACAAAGUCAAAGAGAUCCCAGGGUGGAAUGAUGAAAUCCUUAGAUGGUGCCUGAAUGCUGCUGAAGAAAGUGGUUUGAAACCAGGAGAUUACUUGGGAGGAUUUGGAAUUGACGAGAUGAAGAUUCAGGAGAACCUAGAGAUGACCUCUGUAGGUGGCAAACACAAGCUUGUAGGCUUCGUUGACCUUGGAAAGGGUCAUGAACUGAUGGGGA